GUAUCAUAUAGGUACCCUAUUAGCCUGGCUGAAUUUAGACAGUAGUUGAUUACCUUUCUGACAGUUCAAAAAGAACUUAUUAGAACGUUCUCAUAAGGUCAAAAUAACAUCGAACGAUAUUUUUUUUCGUACAGUAUUACCAACAAUGUAUUCCUUUGUAUAAAAUAAGUGAACGAGAAGGAAGAUAAAGGUAUGUUUUGAAAUGUUUUGUUACUUAGUUAGGUGGCUCACACUUUCUCCUAAAAUUCUGCAACACUCAACAGUGACCAAGUAUUAAAAAAUGUUAAAACGAGCUCCUAAUCUUCUGAAGUUUCUUCAGAAUAUCAGCCAUUACAAUAAAGAAUAUUUAUACAUGUUUCAAGUGGGAUACGCAAGAAGGCACGUUAGUACUUUAAUAACCUGUAACUAUAAUGCGAGAUACAAGGUGCAAAUUGUUGCAAAUCCUCGAAAGAUCUUUAGUGUAAACAGUGUACAGCAUUCACAAGAAUGGAGAUGGAUCCUUAUUACAGUUUCCAAGCCGAUAUCUGUUAUAGCAAAAGUACAGAAAGAAGAAACGGGAAAUUCAAGUAAAAAGACAGAGAGCGAUGUACAAAAAAUAAUAGAAUUAAAACAAGAAAAUUUAGGACAGUUAAAAGAAAGGAAGUUAGAUGUUAAAUCUGAUGAGAGCCAGGCUAAAGAAGGUCAACAGAAUGCGAAGACAGAAGUUAAAAAGAAGAAAAUGGAUAAAAGGGUGUCGUCUUUAGAACGUAAUUUUAUUACACCGGUUAGAGCCAUGUCUGAUUUUUUGUUGAAACCAUCUGAUCUUGAAAAUUUACCAAAGACAAAAAGAAGAUCACCUUAUGAAUAUGAACCUCCAAUUACUGUUUACUGGAGAAAAGAUGUGGAAGCUAAAGCAAUAGAAGUUUGGGGAUCAAGGGAAACUUUAAUGAAAGAACUUCUUAAAAAAGAACUUGAACAGAAAGCGUAUCAACAAAAUAUAUUUACUGUUAAACGAAGAUUAAGAGAUUAUAGGCGAGAAAUAGGUAGCAAAGCCCAGGUUUUUGAACAAGAAGGACUUUUUGGAAGAUCUGGUAAAGUAGUUUUAACUGCUAUUGCAAUCAAUGGAUGUAAUUUUUUAUUUAAGCUGUGUGCGUGGUUAUAUACUGGUUCCCAUAGUAUGUUUUCAGAGUGUGUACAUUCUGCUGCAGAUACUUGUAAUCAAUUAAUAUUAGCGUAUGGUAUACAUAAAUCAGUACAAACUCCUAAUCCUGAUCAUCCGUAUGGCUAUACAAACAUGAGAUAUGUAUCUUCUUUAAUAUCUGGUGUCGGUAUCUUUUGCGUUGGAACUGGUUUAUCUGUUUAUCACGGAAUUCACGGUCUUUUAUAUCCUUCAACUAUAGAAUCGCUUUAUUGGGCAUAUUUUAUCUUAGCCGGUUCCUUGGUAUCCGAGGGAGCAACCUUGUUAGUAGCAAUACAAUCAAUAAAAAGAGGUGCUGAAGAAAAGCGACAAACAUUUAAAGAAUAUGUAUUAGGAGGUCAAGAUCCGUCCGUAAAUGUUGUGCUCAUGGAAGAUUUCGCAGCGGUACUUGGUCUUGUAUGUGCUGCUGUUUGUAUGAGUUUAACUUCUUUUUUCGGAAACUCGAUGUUUGAUGCCACUGGGUCCCUUUUAGUCGGUGGUUUACUUGGCGCUAUAGCCGGGUUUAUAAUACAUACAAAUGCUGCUGCUUUAAUUGGAAGAAGUAUAUCUCAAGAAGAUCUAGACAGGAUUAAUGCGGAAUUGGAAGCGGAUAUAAUGGUUCGAGCAAUUUAUGAUGUCAAGGGUAUCGAUAUGGGUAAUAAUUUGGUUCGAUACAAAGCUGAAUUAGACUUUGAUGGCAGGGAAUUAACAAGGUCUUACUUGGAGAAACACGAUCUUGUCCAGAUGUUAAAGGAAAUAACAGAGAUGACAGACAUAAAAGAAUUGGAAGCAUUUAUGUUAAAGCACGGUGAAGCUAUUGUUGAUAUGCUCGGUGGAGAGAUAGAUAGAAUGGAAUUAAAUCUGAAGAAAAAACACCCCGAAAUUCGGCACUGUGAUCUGGAAAUCUUAUAAGUACAGUACGGGGAUUAAUAAACGGCUUAUAUUUCGAUGUAAAUAAUGUUUCAUAAUAGCACUUGUGCAAUGUAUCCUAUUUACUAUAUCUUAUUUAUAUAUUAUUUAUAUAGAUAUAGUAUGCGUAUUAUUCUUUAUACGCUAAAGAAAGAAACAAGCUAAAUAAAUUUAAAU